UUGAGAAAUGCAGUUUUAUAGAAAUGUGAUUAUAGUAGGACUGAAAGCAUAAAUAACCUUAAGGCGAAUUUUUCUUUAAUGUUUCAAUAACACUGGCAACGAAAUAUUUGUAUAGUAGUAUAUAUAUAAGGUGUCACGAAAUGUGAUUGUAUUUAUACGAAGAAACUGCAUAUAUUGAAAUUUUUUUUUUAUGUUAAAAAAUGGCUGGAGAAGUUAUUGUUGAUGCAUUACCUUACAUAGACCAAGGAUACGAUGAACCUGGUGUUAGGGAAGCGGCUUUGGCAAUGGUUGAAGAAGAAACAAGACGAUACAGACCAACAAAAAAUUAUUUGGAACAUUUACCUCCUUUAAAUAUUAAUGCAUUUGAGACUGAUGUAAUGAAACACGAGUUUGAAAGGAUGCAGAAUCGUUCUCCUAUGGAGGUUCUCAGUAUGAAACGUUAUGAACUUCCACCACCACCACCUGGUAAAAUGAAUGAUUUGGCAGCCUGGAAUGAAAGCGUAGAAAAUAGUAGUGCUCAAUUGGAACAUCAAGCAACUAGAAUAUGUAAUUUAGAUUUAAUGAUGGAAUAUGGUUGCGAAGCUUGGAAAUCUUACUUGGAAGUAUUAGUUCAGUUACUUAGUCAAGCACAGAAACAAUUGCAGACUUUAAGGAAACAGAUUCAGGAAGUCAAUUGGCAAAGGAAAUCAAAGCAAACACAAGGAGGAGAAAAGUUAAGAGCAUUGGAAGCUCAAUGGGUCGGUUUAGUUUCAAAGAAUUAUGAAAUUGAACAAGCGUGUGUACAUAUAGAAGAGGAAAUACAUUUACAAAAAUCUAUAAUGAAUAAAGAAGAGAUAGUAGAAAUAAAUCAUGUACCAGGGGAUGAAGAACCAGCUAUUCCAGGAAAAAGUGCUACAGAAGUUAUGGCAAUGCAAAUGAAUCUUGCUGAAAAUCAAGAUAUGUAAUAAUUUUGUUUAAAUAGAUACAAUGAGUCACAGGUGUGUAUUCGCAUCUGUUCCAAAACAAAAAAAGAUUCGAAUUAUCUCCAUAAGAAAUCUUGCAUUAUAAAUUAUGAAAGUACAAUAUUUCAAUAUUAUAUAAAUGUUAAAUAUAAUAAAGCACAAUUUAUUUAAU